GGGUCAAAUCGGGUAUAGAACCCGGAAAGUUAUAACCCGACCCGGGAAAUUUGACACCGAGACAGAGGAAAGGAGGAAGAAGAGUCUACGCCAUUGUUGAUUCGACGAAUCGAAAACAUUGUUUGAAUCUCCAGUAUCGUGUUUCCCGUUGUUUGAUUCUUCGAUUUCGAAUCGUAUGACGUAGAAUUGAUCUUUAAUCUCGUGUUUCUCCGGCGAUUCUCAGGAUAUAUCAGUCGACUGAGAGAAGAGAAGGAUUUUGUAUUUCUGUUGGGGGUGGUGAAAUCGGAGAAGGCUGCGAAAAUAGGGAAAGAGAUGAUAACAAGGUCGAAUCUAGCAGAGCAGCUGAGGGAAUAUCAGAUUCGAUCGAAGCAUGAUUGGGCUUCUGUUUCUUUCUUCUCGUCGACCUCGAGUUUUUCUUCUUCUAGGGUGGAUGUUGUAGUCUUUGUCAUCUGGGAGCUAGUCAUCUUAGCAUUCUUAGUGUUUUCAGCGGUUUCCUUGUACUUCAAGCGGUUACAACUCGCAUUCAUCUUGGUAUGUGUCACUUUGCUGCUAUUAAUUUUCAUGAAGGUCACAAAGCAAGUAAGGUUAGCCAGGAAGAAGAAGCGAAGGAUGCUUCUUCCGCUAUCCAUGUAAAGUUUGAGUCAUGUCAGGGUGGCUGAGCUGGAAAAUUUCAGGGUUUAGGGUUUUUGAGUCGGACGAUAAUUUUUUUGAUUAGCGUUUGGCUGCAAUCUGGUUUUGUUCAGAGAAAAAUAUGUGUUUGAAAGAGUUGUGUUUCAUGUGUAAUUGUGAUUGUGAAAUUCAGACGGUUUAAAGCCUUAACGAAUGAGGAAAAUAAUAUCCAAGUUUGCAUUAUC